GGCGUCAGAAGCCCAAACACGAUCGUAGCUGUCAGUGUGCUGUAAAUUUUCCAUGGUUGCUGUUGUGGAAAGGCCCUUUGCAAGCUAACCAUACACGAUAUACUCUCUCUCUCUCUCUCUCUCUCUCUCUCUCUCUCUCUCUCUCCCCUUAUAUAUAUAUAUUCAUUUAUUAUAUGCAUAUAUGUCUGUAAGCACCACCUUCCUUUUCAAUACUUUCUAUUAAUUCCUGUUAUUCUUCCCCACUAGUCAUACCUUCUAACUUCAUCAAUUUCCUUUUUCAUUUACAUGGAAGAUUCUAAGGAGAAAAACACACCAUGGCUAUCAGUGCCUCAGUUUGGAGACUGGGAUCAGAAGGGACAAGUGCCAGACUACUCCCUUGAUUUCUCAAAAAUCAGGGAAAUGAGGAAGCAGAACAAAAGGGAUGUCUCAAGGGCCAGUCUUGGCAAUGAAGAGGAACUCAUUAAACCACCCACCAAUGAUGCAAAUACCGCCUAUAGUGCUAAUAACCCCCAUUAUCAUGAAGCCCAUCAUUCUACAACUACAAGGAGGAGCUUUUUUAGCUACUUCAACUGCUGCGUGAAAGCCUGAGAAUCGAGAAUUUGUAAUCUACCCGUGCUGAUAAUGUAUCAAGCGAUUAGUAUUUUUCAUGUGUAUGUUUUGGUUUGCGGUUGUCUUCAUCUCACUCAUUUCAGACAGGAAAGUUGAUGUUUUUGGCAAAAUUGAAGAUAGCUCAAUCCGCCAGUGUUCUCUGGUUAUGAGUAUGGAUUUCCCGUGCAAUGAACUUCAGAUACAGUCAAGAUAUCAAUAUAUAAGUUAAGGGAAUAGUAAAGGCUAAAAUUUAGGGUGGGAGACUAGAAUUAACUGGGCAGUGUUGAAAAGUAAGAAAUGGGAUAAUGAAUUCAGUAUAAAUAAUUUACUUUGGACACUCAUUCAAUUUCAUUAUUCUUGUGUUAUAUAAGAGUUUUAAGGUAUUAUUUUGGUUA